AUGGUGGUUCGAUUACUCACCCAGCAAACUGUUAAGUCCUUGUUCCUGCCCUUGAGCUCGUUGACUGUCUCCACUCCCUCUGUAGCCGCCUCUACCGCCUUGUCCUCUUCCGCGUCCUCCACAACUCCCUUGUUCGACACCGUGACCUCUUCAGCUGAUUCCACCUGUUUGGGCCUGGUUUGA